AUGACGAAGGAAAGGAAUCAAGCACUUGAGAUAAUAGUAGCAGAAUUUCACAAAAAAAUCAAGGAAGCAUUUGAAGUGUUUGACCAUGAGUCGAAUAAUACAGUGGAUGUGAGAGAGAUUGGAACAAUUAUCAGGUCAUUAGGAUGCUGCCCUACUGAAGGAGAGCUGCAUGAUCUGAUUGCAGAGGUAGAAGAAGAAGAACCCACUGGAUACAUUCGAUUCGAAAAAUUUCUUCCGGUGAUGACAGAAAUACUACUAGAAAGGAGAUACAGACCAAUUCCAGAAGAUGUCCUUCUUCGAGCUUUUGAGGUUUUAGAUUCAGCUAAACGUGGGUUUCUUACUAAGGAUGAACUGAUCAAGUAUAUGACUGAAGAAGGUGAGCCUUUUUCUCAAGAGGAAAUGGAAGAAAUGUUGUCUGCUGCAAUUGAUCCAGAAUCAAAUUCAAUUCAUUACAAGGACUAUAUAACAAUGAUGGUGAUAGAUGAAAAUUAAAUGUUCUAAAGAUAAUUUCUAAUUGAAAGGACAAUUUUAGAAAUUGCUUCUCCUUGUUAAUUUCACAUCUAAGAUAAGAGAAUCUAAGGAAUCUUAGGAUUCCUAUAUGUGAUAUUUAAUACCUUGUGACGUAACUAUUUCUAUUUUGAGAUACUUUGUUUUUAAAGAUGAUCAUAACACGUUAAAACAAAUUUAGUAUGUCUAGCCUUACAGAAUGAUAAAUUGCUCUUUAUUUAAAAACUAUUCUUAAUACAUUUUAACAUUAGAAUUGAUUGUUAUAUUCUGUAAUAAAACUCAGGUAACCUUCAAAUUAAUUAAGCUGACAAAAUGAAAAUGACUGUAAUGACCCAAGGUUUGACAUAUAAAGAUCUUAAGAGGGGGCAGAAUGACCAGCAAUUGACAAUGAGUAGCAAUAUAAUGAAGGCUUCCUUUUUCAACAGUAACAAAUGCUUCAUCAAUCUGAGUGUGGAAGGAGAUUUAUCAAAAUAAAUAUUAAUUGAUUUUU